AUGUCUGCCUCGGACGAGGAGAGCCGUUAUUGCAAUCUUAAAGCGGACGCGCAGGUAGGAGCAUGGAACGCAUCAGCAGAUCCAGCGGGACCAUCGCCAUCCUUGGCAAAGGCAGCGUCGUGGCUCAUGCGCAAAGACAGCCCGCCUGUCAAUGUCACGCCGCCCGGCCUUCUGCCGGCGUCUCCGUCUCGCAGCUCAGACGGCCAACCGUCCGCUCAGUCGGUAGACCUCGAGAUGGACGGCGGGGGGCCGGCAGCGGAGCAGCCGGUGGGGCGGUCAAGCGCCGUGUGGCUGCCUCUGCCGUCGCCGCGCGUGCAGGAGGAGUUCGCCGGCUUGGCAGCGCAGGAAACGAGGCGGCAAUCAUCGGGGGUGGUUGCGCGGAAGCAGCAGAGGAGCGAGAGCAGAAAUGUUCCCUGGUCGUUUCACCAGCUGCUUCAGGCGGACGCGGCAGGCGAGGAGCGCGUGGAGGCGGCGGAGCAGAGAAAGCAGAUCCCACGGCGAAAGUCGCUCGAGACGAGAAGGGUGAGCAGAGAGGCACGUGCUCGACAGCAGGACAAGGAAGUCAGGGCGGCGGCGCGCGAUCACUCGCUAGAAAGAGUAGCGCGCCAUCGAUCAGCGAACGUGGAUCGGAACCGUUCGAUCCAACUAGGUAGCACGCGAGAGGCGCGGACGCGUUGGCCGCAACGACGAAGCGCAGCUGAGCGUCGCGCGGACGACAAGGCAGCGGCGAGUUCGGACAGCUCGUCCGACAGCGAAUGCGAAAGUAGAAUCGAGGGCGCGCGCAGGGGGCAGGAGGGACGCGAGAGGAACGGAAGAGAGGCGACGAACGAUAACCCAGUGAGGGCCAUGAGGGAAGGAGGCAAAGCGACAGAUUUCCGGCACGACGGGCUGGGGGACGCCGUGGGAGAGGAGUGGGGCACGCGAGACGAGGGGGUGGAGGUAGAGGGGCCGGAGGACGCGGGGCGUGAUAUUGGCAUCUUGGUGAUGGGGCACCCCGUGCUGCCGCACGACGUGCCUGCGCGCGUCGACGCUGAGCACUGGGAGAGCCAGGCGGCGGGAGAGAAGGCUGCGGGAGUGCGCGAGGGGGAGGGGGGGAUUGAAGGCCAGGUUGAGAACGAGGGCGCGGCGCUGCGGUUGGCGGGGUUACUAACGGACGACAUGCUGCAGUGCAGCUUCAUGGACCCGGGCAAGCGCGCGCUGGGCCUCGCGCACGACGACGACCACGACGAAGCUGCGCAUAACCGCCGCGUGCGCGCCAGCGCCAAUGAUCAUUUGCACGAAUCGACUCAUCGGACCAGCGAAGCCGCCCUCUCACAGCACCGCCUCUUUCCUCCGCGCUCCGACGCCUCCCCUGCGUCUGCGCCCGCUCUUCAUAACUCCUUGCUGAGCGCCACCGAUGCCCCGCGAGGCGGUCUCGUGUUCGGCGUGCCCGUGUCCGCCCCGCUCCUUGCCUCCUCCGCUUCCCUGUCGGCCUUUGCCCCCACCGCCAAUUCUUCCGCCACUUUCGGAGCGCCCGCGGUGACACGGCUGCCGCUGUCGGUGCUGCAGCACGGGUCGCUCGUGUGUCUGCUGGCCGGCUCCUCGCGACUGGCGGCCGUGCGCUAUCAAGGAAGGUGGGAGCUGGGCACGCCGACGCCGUCAAGCGUUGACGACGGCUCCAAUGCCCUCGCGGCCUCUCCCGCCGACCCGCUCCGCCGCUCCGCCCACGCCGCGUCGCUGGCCGUGUGCGCGUCGCUCACGGGCGGUCUGGGCCGCUGGCCGCUGGACUGCCUCUUCGUGCUGCUCGUCGUCGCGCCCGCCCGCAUCGCGCUGCGCUCCCUCGCCGCCGACGGGCGCUGCCUCUCCGCCGCGCUGCUGCCCGGCGAGCGCGACUCGUUCCGCACCUGGUCCGUGGGCGACGCGGAGACCUGGGAGGUUCUGCCCGCCGGCGCCGUGGGGGAGGGGGCGGCGGCAGCAGGGGAGGAGGGUGACGGGAGUGCGGAGAGCGCGGGCGGGUGGAGCUGGGGGAGGGAGGGCGUGGUGGAGGGCGGAGUGCUGCUGCGCAGCUGCGCCAGCCCCGCGCGCGUGCUGGACGUGGCGCUGUUCGGGCUGCUUGCCAAGACGCUCUCCGCGUGGCGCCACAUGGAGGCCGCCGCCGCCGCUGCGCCGCUGCUGCACCACCAGGCGAGUGGGGAGCGGGUGAGGGCGGGUGAGAGCGGGUGGGAUCGAGUGCGCGUGAGGGGUGCGGACCCGAUCGGCCGUUUUCCUCGCACGAGCCGUUCUGUGUUUCGCGAUUCUGUGGUGCUGUGUGUCGACCGGGUGUUGCCCUAUGGUGACGUGUGCUCAUGCGUUGCCGUGUCUUACCGUCUGUCGCCGGGUGUCACUAUGUGUUGCCGUGCGGUGCAGGUGAGGCAGCUACACCAUCGAGCGGGCGAGGAGGAGGCGGCGAGGCGAGAGGCGGAGGGGGCGAUGGCGGAGCGGCGGCAGCGGUGGGAGGAGGAGAGCGCGCGCAUGCGCGCGGAGGCGGACGAGCAGCGCGACACCAUCGAGCAGCUCAACGACCAAGGGCACUGCGCUGCGCUCUGCUCCGCUCUGCGCUGCUUCACCGCCACGUGCCCUGCCGCCGCACUUGGCGUCGUUCGCUUCUCUCCCCUCGCUCUCGCCGCCCUUCCAUUUAGCCUCUCAACCACUCUCGCUCUUCUCUUCUACGCAUCAACCCGUCGCCCCCCUUCCGCAGUGAACUCGCUCGGCGCGGAUCUCGAGCGCGCCGUGGCGCUGCUUGAGGCCGCCAGGCCCGCGCUGAAGGGGGCGCGCGGAGGGCCGCAGCGGGAAGCAGAGUGGGCGGAGGUGGAUAGCAUGGGGAAGGCGACUUGCGCGGAGGGCACGGGAGGCAGUGCGGUGAGUGAGGCGAGGGGAGGCGAUGGCGGGGCACCGGCGGAUGCGGACGACGAGGGGGAAGAUGCGCGCGAGGCAGGGUGGGCGGAUGUGAGCGGCGGAAGCGGCAGUUUCACUUCCGCCAACCCUCAUGGGCCCCCCAGCCGUGCGCCUCCCACUCGCGCCCCUCCCGCUCCUGCGCCACCCACGGUCGCCCUGCGUGGCCACGGCGCCAGUCACGGAGCACCGCGGGAGGGGCAGCAGGACAGCCGCGGCGGCGGCAACAGUGCCGCGCGCUCCCCCGCCACCAGCGGCAUUUCGGCCGUGGCUCGCGCGCUCUCCGCCUCCUCCGCCUCCCCCUCCGACUCUGAGACUGACUGCGGCAGCGGAGCUUCCCCCGGCCGCCGCAGACCCCCGUACGUCAUUGCGGAGCAACCGCAGCUCCGCGCGCACUAUCGGCCAGCCAGCGGCGGCGGCAACAAGUUUUGGCAGGCGGCACGAUCGGCGGGCGGUAGGGGAGGCGCGGAGACGCGGAACAAGAGCGAUGCGGCUUCGGUACGGGCCGAGGGGAAGGGUGGCUCGCACGGCGCGCAGGGCGCUUCAGCCGUGGAGUCGGGCGUGUUGCUUCGCCGAACCUUCUCCCCCAUGCGCGGCCGCCGCAGCCUCUCGUCGUCGAGAGCGGACGCGGGCGCAAGCCGCGGGGUGGGGGACGGCGGGGGCGCAAGCCGAGGGGUGGGGGACGCGGGGGGCGCGAGAAGCGCGCUGCAGCAUGUGAUGGGGAGGGCUGCGGGGGCUCUGGGGGCAAGGGGGACGCGCGGGGAAGAGAGCGCGGAAGAAGGGCGGCGGGGUGCGAGGCAUCCCGCGAGGGCAAGAGAAGAGCGCGAGGGGGCGCAAGUAGGGGCAGGGGGGGGCGGAGAGGAGGCGGUGGGAGUUGGGCUGAGAGGAGAGGGGGAGGCUCGCACGCAGCACGGGGAGGGCGGAGAGCGGAUGGGCGGAGGGGGGGAGGGAGCUAUCCGGGGUAUGGCGCAGCGGGCGCAGCGUGGGGGCCCGGAGGCGUGGGUGGCGGAGCAUCAGCGCGUGGUAGUGCUGGAGGAAGUGGCGGCUGGGGGAGAGUUGGCGCGCUGUGAGGCGGAGGAGGCGAGAGGGACGAGCGCCGCGAGUGGGGGGAGUGAGCCGAGCGGUACGAGCGGCGCGAGUGGCAUGAGCGGCAUGAGUGGGGUGGACGAGGAGUGGGAGGAGCAGUGCACGGAGCAGGGAUGGGUGCUGCGCCCUGUGUCACGUGCAGGCGCGGGGGCGGGGCCAGGGUUGAAUUCACAGGCUCGCUCGUAUGGCGUGUGCUGCACUGCGGACGAUGACGUGGCGGAUGACGUGGAGGAUGAGGUGGACUCGGAGCAGGUUCGGCAGUCACAGCAGCAGGCGCGGAUGGGUGGGAGCGCGGGAGAGGGCAACGGGGAGAGCAGUGGGGGGAGCGGAAGCGACACUGGGACGGGGUCAGGUAGGGGCGGUACAGCAGCAGUGGCAAGGCCAGCGGCUGGGGCGGGCGCAAGCGGUGGGAUGGUAUGCAGCGGGGCAGCAGCUCGUGCUGCCCACACGGGCCUUCAAGGGGGGCCUGGCGCUGCUGCUGCUGCCGCUGCUCCCGCUGGUGCUCGUGCCACUGGUGCUGCUGGUGCGAGCAGUGGAUGCGCACGGGGCUCCACAGGGGGGGCAGGGGCACAGGCGCAGGGGGCGGAGGGCGGGCGGGCAGGGGAGGGGGCGGGAGAGGAGCCCCCCUCUGCGCUGAAGCAGCGUGUGGCGGCCCUGCGCUCGCGCGUCUCCGCCCUGCGCGCCACCUCCUCCUCCCUCCUAGCCCCCGCUCCUGCCACCGCUGCUGCUGCCGCUGGCGCCGGUGCUGGUGGUGGGAGAGGGGCGGGUGGCAUCACUGCUGGGGUGGCGCAGGGAGGGGAGCAGAGAGGGGUUAGUGCGCGCGUGGGGGAAGGCCAGGGCGCAGAGGCUAGACGGGGGGGGCUUGCAGGCAUACAGGAGGGCGGCAGUGAAAGGAGCGGCAGCGACAACAGCAGCAUGUGGGGCAGCGGCAGUGCUGGAUACAGUGCUGCCAUUCCCACUAGCUUGACACACGCCGCUGCUGCUGCUGCCAGAGGAUUUGUGAGUGCGACUCACAGGCAGUUCGGUGCUGGCAGCAGGGCGGAUGGGCGGCAGGCAGGGUGGCAGGACGGUGGGAGUGAAGGGAGGGGUGUGAGGCAGGGCGGGAGGGGAGUGGAGGAGGGGAGUGGCGGUGGUGGUGGGGAGAGGUGGGCAGGUGUGCUACGAGAGAGGAGUGGCAAUGUGCCGGAAGGACCACCCAGGGAGCUCAAGAAGACUGCCAAGGCGCCCGCAGCAGCCCCAGCAGCAGCGGCAGCAGGGAGUGGUGGGCCAAGGCCAGGCCUUGUGCCAGUGGAUCCGGGGGAGCGGCAUCUGCAGUCGCUGCUGCCCAUGCGCGUGCUGGUGCGGGAGAGGGCCUCGCAGCACGGGGGAGAGGCGGCAGGGGCGCAGCAGAGCAGCGGUGAGGGCAGUAUGUGGCACGUGGGCAUGGAGCAGAGAGGGGCAGUGGGAAGGGAGAUGCGUGUCGCCGGCCGCACUCUCUCGUCCACCUCGGCGUCCUCUGACUCGCACGCCCUCCCUGUGCUCCUGCACUCGCCCCGCCACCCUUACAGCAGCAGCAGCCCGCGGAGUGCGAGUGGAGGGUCGAGCCCUGCCCUGGGCUUGCUCACGCGCUUCCUCUCCCCCUCUCGCCGCUCCCCGUCCCACCCUAGCCACCACCAGCACCCACAGCAGAAUCCACAGCAGCAGCAGCACACGGUGACACAGUCAGGUGCUGCAGUCCCACAGGCAGCAGCAGCAGCGGGCGUGCGGCGCAGCAGUCAGGGCAGGCAGGGCAGCAGCGGGCGGGCGUCGUCCCCCUCGCGGCGGCUGUGGGCUGUGGGGCGGUCCACAGAGAGGCGCACAGAGGAGCGGUAUGGGGGGCGAGGGCAGAAUGGGGCGUGGGGGAGGGGCGCAGCAGAGCAAGCGCAGGAGGACUCAAUGAGCAGCACAGGAGGUGAGUCGUGCAUGUGGCAAUGUUGA